AUAAGCACAAAACAAACAGAACACAAACAUUGAUCAUCAUUAGGUUUCUUUUUUUGCCUGCUUUACUCUUUUGUGUUUUCAAUUCCUUCCAAUUCUAUGUGGAAGAGAAUUUAAUUCACACCCCCUCACAAACCCUAGCUUCAAAUCCCCCUAUUUCUAUAAAUAGAACUCCACAACAUACAUAAAAUUUAAAUCCCUUUUCAUAGUUUCACAACAAUCUAGUUUUUAUUGCAUAAAGUUUGAAUCUUUUUACAUAAUUUCCAAGAACCCAGUUUUUCUUGCAUAAAGUUUGAAUCUUUUUACAUAAUUUCCAAUAAUCUAGUUUUUAUUACAUAAAGUUUGAAUCGUUUUUACAUAAUUUCCAAUAAUCUAGUUUUUAUUACAUAAAGUUUGAAUCUUUUUCAUAUUUUCCAAUAAUCUAGUGUUUAUUGCAUAAAGUUUGAAUUUUUUUCAUAGUUUCGAGAAUCUAGUUUUUAUUGCAUAAAGUUUGAUUUUUUUUUUCCAUUGUUUUCAAGAAUCUAGUUUUAUUUACAUAAGGUUUGGGUCUUUUUUUUUUAUAGCUUUCAAGAAUCUUGUUAAUUGCAUUUGUUUUUUAAGGCAAAUAUGAGUAUUGAUUAUGAUGAUCAUAGAGGUGGAGGAUUACAUGUAUCAGAUGAAAUUUUGGGUACUAUUGUGCCAAUAGUUGUGUAUUGGUUAUAUUCAGGAUUGUAUUGUAUGCUUGGUGGUAUGGAUAAAUAUAGAUUGCAUACUAAGAAAGAUGAAGAUGAGAAAAAUUUGGUUUCUAAAAAAGAGGUUAUUAAAGGGGUUCUUCUUCAACAGGUUGUUCAAGGUGUUAUUGCCACAAUUCUCUUCGCGGUCACAGGUAAUGAUGGUGACUCUGAUGGAAAUCAACAUGCUGGCUUAGUUGGUUUCCUUGUUCUCGCUAGACAGUUAUUUGUUGGCAUGAUGGUUUUAGAUACUUGGCAAUACUUUAUGCAUCGCUACAUGCAUCAAAAUAAGUUCUUAUACAAGCAUAUCCAUUCUCAACAUCACCGGCUAGUCGUUCCAUACGCAUUCGGAGCUUUGUACAAUCACCCUUUAGAGGGUUUGAUACUCGACACUAUCGGUGGGGCCCUAGCUUUCCUUUUCUCAGGCAUGUCACCUCGAGCUUCCAUCUUCUUUUUCUCGUUUGCUACCAUCAAGACGGUUGAUGAUCAUUGUGGACUAUGGCUACCCGGAAACCUAUUCCAUAUCGUCUUCAAAAACAACUCGGCAUACCAUGAUAUUCAUCACCAACUGUACGGAAGCAAGUAUAACUUUUCGCAGCCUUUCUUUGUGACCUGGGAUAGGAUACUUGGUACGCAUAUGCCAUAUGCACUCGUGAAUAGACCGGAAGGGGGUUAUGAAGCUAGGCCUGCUAAAGAUUGCAAGGAUGACUGAGAAAAAAAAACUGUUAGUACAUGUUUAAAAGUAUGUACCACUGCAAUUUUACCCAAGUAUUUGCCUUUCUCAGUAAUUUGUAUAUAUUUAUAUAUGUUUUUUUGCAUAUAUUGAUGUAUAACCCUUUUUGAGGUUGAAAAAGAAAAAGGGGAAAAUAAUGUGUUUCUUUUUUAGUCAUAAUCUGGUUUUAUAAAAUUAGCUGUAGGCAGAGGACUGGAAGUUAAAGAUUGUCUGGCAAAUAUAUUUACCAUUUUCCAAAAAAAGAAAAAAAGAAAAAGAAAAAAAGAGGAAGAUUGUCUGGCAAAUGGUUUGUAUAAAUCAAGUGAUAUCUUUUUGCUGA